GGGAAGGCGAGUGUCGCGUGUGAUUCUCCGGUGAGUGUCUGGUGUUCCCGUGGAUCGUCUGAGAAGAAAGACCUGUAGCACACUUGAAAAAUGCCUGCCAUCAAGAAUUUGAGCUGUGCUGUUAAACAUCUGUUGAACAAACCUGGCUGUGGUUGUCAGGUUGCUCUUGUGCCAGCUAGAGGUCUUAGCAUUUCACCCCGGCAGGUGCCAUCGGAUGCCAGCUUUCAUUCAGUAUGUUUUUCAGAAACUGAUCACCCUCGGGUGUUAAUUACAGGGGGACUAGGCCAGCUUGGAGUAGGACUUGCUAAAUUGCUACGAAAACGCUUUGGAAAGAACAACGUGAUUCUGUCAGAUAUUAGAAAGCCCCCCGACAGUGUCUUCUAUAGUGGUCCUUUCAUCUACUCUGAUAUUUUGGAUUACAAGAAUCUUCGUGAGAUUGUGGUGAACAACAGGAUUACUUGGCUAUUUCAUUACAGUGCUUUGCUCAGUGCAGUUGGAGAAGCUAAUGUCCCUUUGGCAAGAUCUGUGAAUAUUACUGGGCUGCACAACAUUCUUGAUAUAGCUGCUGAGCAUGGUUUGCGACUCUUUGUUCCUAGCACAAUUGGUGCCUUUGGACCAACUUCCCCUAGGAAUCCAACCCCUGAUCUUUGUAUCCAAAGGCCAAGGACAAUCUAUGGAGUUUCCAAGGUUCAUGCUGAACUUAUGGGAGAGUACUAUCAUUAUAGAUAUGGGCUAGAUUUCCGGUGUCUAAGGUAUCCUGGCAUUAUCUCAGCAGAUUCCCAGCCUGGUGGAGGAACAACUGAUUAUGCAGUCCAAAUUUUCCAUGAUGCUCUCAAGACUGGAAAAUUCGAAUGUAAUCUUAAAGCAGAUACCCACUUGCCAAUGAUGUAUAUCGAUGACUGUCUUAGAGCUUCUUUGGAGAUCAUGGAAGCACCUGCUGAGCAGCUGAGCAUGAGGACUUACAACAUCAAUGCCAUGAGUUUUUCACCUGAGGAGCUGGUUCAAGAGGUCCAGAAGCAUAUUCCAGAACUUGAAGUUGCCUACAAUGUAGAUCUCGUUAGACAAGCCAUUGCUGACAGUUGGCCAAUGGUUUUUGAUGACAACAAUGCCCGCCAAGAUUGGGGAUGGAAACAUGAUUAUGAUCUUCCAGACCUGGUGACCACCAUGUUCAACUUCCUUAGCUCUGUCCGUUCCGUGUCCAGAGUUGCUCAAGUCAGCUAAGUCUUUAUAUGAUGCAGCCACCGGAUGUCUCAGAAACACUUCAUCUACUAAAAUUUGAAGAGCCUGCUUUUUGAACAUGAUUAUUGAUUUCUCAGUUCACUUUUCUUUUUGCUAAAGAAAUAUACAUGCAUAUACAGUAUAUUUGCUAAAGAUAUACACACAUACAUAUAUACACAUACAUGCAUAUACUGAGAAAAAGUUUGUAUACACUUCUGAAAGCUGUCUAUACCCUCAGGAAAUACUUGUUCAUUAGCUGCAGUUACUCUCCUAAUUCUAAAAGUUUAUUUGGAAUAUACUCUUUUUUUGUUAUUGUUUUGUUCUUUUAUAGGGCUAUACGUGCUUCAGUAAGAAUUUGGAAGAUGUAUUUUGGAACUCAUAUGAACAUAUCAUCCUUUUGCUAUUCAUUCAAGCUUCUGUUUUUAAGGAUUCUAUUCAAGCCUGACCAAAAAUGCUUCUGUAGAAGGCUGAAAAAAAUUGGGCUAGUAUAAUGAGUGAGCAGAGAGAUACUGAGCUUGUGUAAGGAUCAAAACAUCUUUUCCUAUUCAUUCUGAAGUGUGCCCAACCUUAAAAACUACAACUAAAACUAAAUUAUGUCCUACCUUGAAUUUCCUGGGCUAUAAAAUGUAGAUGAUAUGGGAAGGAGAGGAGCAUUAAAGAGAGACUUCACAAAAGGGAAACAUAUUCUCAACUGUUGAUUUUUUGACAGUUUGUUCCACCUUAAAGUGCAAAUUCUCCUGAACUUCCUGCUCCCACAUUCAUAGAAAACUGAACACAACUAUACAGUUCCCUGGAAGGAUUAAAUAUUCGGUCUUAUGUUUUUAUUAUUUGCAAGCUCUAUUUAUUCACUAGAGCCCUCCUACAUUUUCAUGAAGUGAAAUUAGUAUCAGGAUGCUAUAGUUUCUAAGAGAAUACACUUCUGCAUUGUUGCAAUUAUCCAGGGGUGGGAUUCUACUGUCUGUCCAGCUCUGUAGAACCAGUAGCUCUGAAGAGCAGCAGACACAGAACCAGUUCUGUGUCUGCUGCUGUUUUGGCCCACCCACCUGCCCAGGUUCUUACCUGUCCUUUAUUUCCUGCUUUUUCAAGCUCAGCUGCUUUGAGCGGCAUAGCUGCGGUUGAAAAAGCAGGAAAAUAGUGCUGUUUCAAACGCUGUGCGCAGCGCUGCUCAGCUGUCCAGGCAGCACAGCUGACGACGUUUCAAAAUGUAAAUCACCGAACCAGUAGUUACACCGGUCAGGUCCCACUCCUGCAAAUAUCCCCCAAGUUUGUAGCACUAGGAAGCAAAUGACAGGAAAAACCUGAGGGAUACUUGCAGUAAUGAUAGCUGCAAGCUGGGCAGCUGGAAAAUUGCGUUAGAUCAUUUUGGAUCUAUGACGUGAAUAAUGCUAUGGAAAUUCAAACUAGAUUUCAUUAAAAAAACCUCAUUAAAUAUGUGAAUCUGUCAUUUCCUAUUUAUAAAUUAUGGUACUUUGGGAUACACGUCUAUAUUUUUAGGCAUUUUGGCAUCACUGAAAAUACAAGAUUUAAAAAUACAGUUUAAUUAUUUCCCCAACCUACUAUAAAUGUGUUCAGUUGCCUAUGAAAGUGAUUUUUUCCUUCUCUGUUUGCCUUUGUUUUAUAUUGAUACCUUCAACAUUCCAUAGCCCAGGCUAAUUUAUAGACAGAUACUGUUUGCUCAGCCUUGAGUAUUUUUUUAUUCUGUACUGUAUGUAAAAGUAGGACCAGUCCAUAGAAACCUUGGCCCUGAAUUAGGCAAUAAUGUAUCCUCCUUUUAGAGCACAGGGGAAUAAAAUGUGAAUCCAGAUAUUUCCUCUUCCAGUACUCCUUUGUUCUCAACAUUCCUAAGGCUUUGGAAUUUUUCUGAAAUACUUGUGGAGUCCCUCAAGUUAAUGGUCAUUUUUUUAGCAACCCUGAAUCAGUUUCCAGUUGAAGAGCCCUAGACCAGCAAUGUUUCCUUUGACAAGGUAUAAGCAUAUUUAACUUAUCUAUAUAUUGUGAAUUAUAUGCCCCACAAUUUCAAAAAGCUCUGAGAACCUUACAGAUGAUAUAAAAAUAGCCAUAAUUAAAAGGAACUAACCAAACCUAAUAACAAUCACCACUGAUACCAAGGAAAAUAGUACUGGUAAUAAUGUUCACAAUUGCAGGAAGGGGACUGUUGCGUCAUCAGUCCUCAAA